AUGGUCAACCUGCCACAUCCCUUCAGCGAGAUUCCGCGCGUCCAGUUGCUCUACAACCGCCCGGCAGACAUUGAAGCGCUCUCGCGGCUGACCAAGGAGCUAGGCAACGGGACAUCGGUAUGGAUUGCGCGCGAGGACUGCAAUUCCGGACUGUCGUUUGGGGGAAACAAAGUUCGCAAGUUGGAGUACGUCUUGGCCGACGCCAUCGAGCAAGGGGCGGACACUCUGGUGACCACCGGGGGCACCCAGUCAAAUCACAUGCGCCAGACCUCCGCAGCUGCGGCGCGGCUCGGACUCAAGGUUGUGUUGUACCCCCGUGACGCUGUGACAUCGGGCGAUGCCGAGUACAAGUACGCGGGCAACAUCCAGCUCAACGAGAUCCUGGGGGCCGAGACUUUCCCCGUCGGUACAGGCGAGGACGAUGUGAUUUCAACCCUCAAGGAACGGGGAAGCAAGCCGUACCACAUCCCAUCCGGGGCCAGCACCCACCCUCUCGGCGGCCUGGGUUACGCCCGAUGGGCCUUCGAACUGCUGGAGCAAGAGGCCGAGCUCGGGACGUCUUUCGACGUCAUCACCGUGGCUCUCGGGUCCGGCUCGACCCUGGGCGGCAUGGUGGCCGGGUUCAAGCUUGCGCAGAAGAUGGGUCUGAAGGGCUCCGAGAAACGGCUGAUCGGGUACUCGAUACAGAAGCCGUCGGAGGACGACGUCGCCGGCCUGGUCUUGGGCAUCGCGAGGACCGCGGGCUCGCACAUCGGGCUCGGCCCGGACGAGCUGACGCGCGACGACUUCGAAGUGGACUGCUCGUUCCUCGGCGGCUCGUACGGGCGCCUCGACGAGCGCACGGCGGGCGGCAUCAAGGAGCUGGCGCGCACGGAGGGCAUCCUCACCGACCCCGUCUACACGGGCAAAGCGUUCGCGGGGCUGCUGCACACGGCGAGGGACGGCGGCUUCGCCGGCAAGAAUGUUCUGUUUUGCCAUACCGGAGGCCAGGCCGCGCUCGGCGCUUACCCGAAACUGAGAUAG